GCCUCAACAUCUUUCCUACCUUCUCUUUCUCGUUCGUGUUCUCCUUUAUUCCAAGUUAGCAUCUUUCUUAAACUUUGGUCAUUGAAAUGGAUUUAUUUGGAAUCUUUGUGGUCACCAUUCUGUCCAUGUCAAGCUCAAUUCAUGGCUAUGCUAGUGGAUGGUCUAAUGCUCAUGCUACUUUUUAUGGUGGAGGGGAUGCUUCUGGCACAAUGGGAGGAGCUUGUGGGUAUGGAAAUCUUUACAGCCAAGGUUAUGGCACCAACACAGCAGCAUUAAGCACUACUCUUUUCAACAAUGGACUAACCUGUGGAGCUUGUUUUGAGAUCAAAUGUGUAAAUGACAACAGGUGGUGCCUGUCAGGUUCGAUUGUAGUCACUGCAACAAACUUUUGUCCUCCAAACAGUGCCCUUCCAAGCAAUGCUGGAGGUUGGUGUAAUCCUCCUUUGUGCCAUUUCGAUCUUUCGCAGCCCAUUUUCCAGCACAUAGCUCACUACAAAGCUGGAAUAGUCCCAGUUCAAUACAGAAGAGUUGCCUGCAGGAAGAGUGGUGGGAUCAGGUUCACCAUAAACGGCCACUCAUACUUCAACCUUGUGCUUAUAACAAAUGUUGGUGGUGCUGGUGAUGUUGUGGCAGCUGCCAUCAAAGGGUCAAGAACUGGAUGGCAACCAAUGUCUCGCAAUUGGGGCCAAAACUGGCAGAGCAAUGCAUACCUCAAUGGCCAAGCCUUCUCUUUCAAGGUGACAACAAGUGAUGGUCGCUGUGUCAUCUCAAACAAUGUGGCUCCUCCAAACUGGUCUUUUGGCCAAACCUUCAGCGGGAGACAGUUUUAAUCAUUCCUGAAAACUAACUAAUAUUGGAUAUAUCAGUUCUAUUUACUAAUUACAGUUCUUAAAUAUAUUGUAAAGUCUCUAUGCAAUGACAGUUAUGUCACCACAGGACCUUCUAGUUCUAGAGAUGGCCCUGAAUGCUUUUUUAUUUUUUUUUCUAUUACAUGUUACAAGUUAAAUCAUAUAUAUCAAUACCAACAAGGGUUGGUGCAGAUGUGGUCUCUGCCAGACCAAUCUCAGAAUUAGAAUUAUUCCGAUGAUUCAUGGAGGAAGAUGAAGAGAGAUUGUGUAAUUGUAAUAAGCUUUAUGUUUGUGGCUUGAAUUUGCUUUUAUCAUUGUAUAUUUUAAUGGAACUAGUUUCACAGUGAUUAAUUGGCAA